AUUCACAUAAGAGUAACACAGUAGUCGAUUGAAGAAAUGGCUGCACUUUACAUUUGUUUGGUUCUGUUGACUGUGGUGAUCAUUAGUGAAGCGGAUGAAACCAGCUAUGGACCACGGUUUUGUCCAAAGCUGGACAAAACGAUUAGAUUGGGGAACACGCUUAUUGGUAGCUCCAUAGAGGAGAGGGCGUGUGAUUGCUAUCAGAGGUGUGUGGACAUGACAGGAUGCAAAGUGUGGGUCUAUUACAAGAAGGAAGGAAAACAAUGCGAACUGUUCUUAGACGCCACACCGCCUCUCUGGAAUACAAAAACAGUGACCGGUCUCAUAGAUAGGCCUUGUGAGCUUAGUGACACAAAGGAUAGGCCUGAAGGUGACAUGGGUCACGGAAGGUUCGUUGACGAGCCAUGCGAUUGCCAUGAUUUCUGCGUGGACUUUGAUGGUUGUAAAGCAUGGGCUUGGAACAAGAGAACCCGUUGGUGCAGACUGAAGAACGUUGUCAACGACGCUGUGUAUAAAAAAACACAUGUCUCAGGAGUCGUGUGA